AUGUCAAGACGGGCAAGAACUCCUCCUCCACUCAAUGCCACUACGGAACUCGCACAGGCUCUUCGACAAAUAUCUAGGGUACUCCAAGGACAACAAGAGCAACAGGUUGAACAAGCAGCCAGACCUCGUGUAGGCAUGAAUGAUGUUUUGCGUCACAACCCUAUUAAGUUUAAUGGGAAGGUUACUCCAGAUGAAGCUGACGACUGGAUUUGCUGUAAUGAGAAAAUUUUUGCUGCAAUUGAAUGUUCGGAGGCGCAGAAACUGGUUUUUGCUACUUACAUGGUGGCCGGGGAGGCAGAAUACUGGUGGCGCGGCCUUCAAAUUGAGAUGGAUGCUCGAGGGGAAGUUGCUUGUUGGGAGGACUUCAAGACCGGAUUCUUAGAGAGGUACUUUCCUGCCAAUGCUAAAAUGGAGAGGGAGGCAGAAUUCUUAACUCUACAACAAGGCAAUAUGUCAGUACAGGCUUACAAGGAGAGGUUUGAAUAUCUGGCCCGAUUCUAUACCCAGAAUUUGAGCGCGCAAUGGAAGUGCAGAAAGUUUGACAGAGGUUUGUGCCAUGAUUUGAUGAAAGCCCUCAUCCUGUUGAAAAUCAAUCAUUUUCCUGAACUUGUGGAGCAAGCUAAAGUGGUGGAACGAAUAAAGGAGAAAGGACGAGUAAUGAGGAUUCAAAAAGGAAGUUUCUCAAGGAGCAAGAAUCAGAAGAAGCCUUAUGAAAGACCACAUUUUUUCAGUCAAGGGAUCCUGAAGUGCUUUGAGUGUGGCGGAAAUCAUCAUAGAAGGAACUGUCCCAAACUCGUGAAUAUCAAGAAGGAAGAAAGGACAUGUUUCAUGUGCAACAAGCCUGGACACAUAUCUCGUGACUGCCCUCAAAGAAAAGCGUUCGGUGCGGUGCCUCAGAAGACUUUUGACGGUGGGAAGUCACAAGCAUCAGGCAGGGUGUUUGCCAUGUCUGGGACUGAAGCAAAGAAGUCAGGUAAUUUGAUACUAGAUACUUGUUCUUUGUUUGAAGAAAAUGUACUUGUUUUAUUUGAUUCGGGUGCGACGCACUCGUUUGUGUCCUUGUUAUGUGUGGAGAAUCUUGGUCUCUCUGUUCUUGAUAUGGGGUGUGAGCUAAUUGUCUCUACGCCAACAUCUGGACAAGUUUUAACCAGUUUAGUCUGUGUUGGGUGUCCGAUUGUAGUGAGAGGACAUAAGUCCAAAGUCAACUUGGUAUGUCUUCCGCUUAAGGGUUUGGACGUGAUCUUGGGGAUGGAUUGGUUAGUUGAUAACCAUGUGUUGAUUGAUUGCGGACGUCAGAAAUUAGUUUUCCAAGAACCAGAAGGUUUUGAGGUGUCAACAUCGAAAGAAGUCAUGCAUGAUCUCAAGGAUGGAGGGAUUUAUUUUGCAGUAAUGGUGAAAGAGCAAAGAGAAAACACAGACGAGCAGAUCAGUGGAAUACAUGUGGUAGAAGAGUUCGCAGAUGGGUUCCCUGAGGAGGUUCCAGGAUUGCCACCAAGUCGAGAGGUGGACUUCGCAAUUGAUCUAAUACCAGGAACAGGGCCAGUAUCAAUGGCUCCAUAUCAUAUGGCUCCAGCAGAGUUGACUGAGUUGAAGAAACAAAUUGAAGAAUUGCUAGAGAAGAAGUUUAUCAGGCCGAGUGUUUCACCAUGGGGUGCACCUGUGUUACUGGUUAAGAAGAAAGACGGAAGCUCGAGGUUGUGCAUUGAUUAUCGGUAA